AUGAGCAAAAGUACUGAUGACCCCAGAGCCAGCCCUGUGGAGAGCACCCAUGAACCCAAACUCAUACAGGUUAUUUUGAAGAGCUCGGUGAAAACACAGGACUGUCAAGUAGCUGAGAACAGCACCAUUGCAGAGCUCAAGCAGGAGGCCUCCCUCCACUUCUUGGUCAACAAGGAGCAAAUGCUUUUGGUAUUUGCGGGGAAAAUACUGCAAGAUCAGGAUACCCUUCUUCAGCAUGACAUCCAAGAUGGAGUCACAGUGCACCUAGUGGUGAAAAGGGCAGAGUUGAGACACAGUCCUGCCCUGCAAGCACACUCAGUAGUGCCAGGCUGUAGCACACCUGAUCCAGCUGCUAGUGUUUCAAACCCUUCCAGAGUGACUAACCUGCAAACAUUACUGGGAAACAUAAGGAAAGACCUGGUGACCCUGCUAGAGAUUCUUAGUGAGUUGCCUCAGGACUUCCAGCAUUAUCCAGAGCUCAUGUUCCAGGUCGUACAGAGCCCCACUGUUCAGAGUUUGAUCUCCAGCGAUUGUAGUCCUCUAACUGUUGCCUUCAUCUUGGGGGUCUCCACUCUGAUCAGUUUGAGAAGUAUGAAGUCAAGAGCUGAGAAAGAGAAGGUGGUUAGCAAUGAGGAGGUUGCCCAGAUUCUGGAGAAAGCUGUUGUUCAGAACAUCCUUGCCAACACAAAGGAGAUGGCCCAGUUCUUGUCAGAAAGCCCAGAGCUGAAAAAAUUUGCUCAAGAGACUCCACAGUUUGGCAGACUGUUGAGCCUCAGUGGAUUAACCAAGAUGAUGGUCAUCUAUAAGAAGCUUCCACAACUGACAGGCACCCUUACGCCAGACUCAGACAUGAGCCUUGAAGGGGACAUGCUGGAUGAGGUACAGUCCUUCCGCCAGUUGUUUGUUGACAUCUGCAAGGUCCUCUCCAGUUCAGAGGCUCAGGAUGAACUUGAGGAAAGGAUGCUGAGGCACACCCUUGAAACCAGCCCUUCCUUACUCCAACUUGCUAAAGAAAAUGUGAGCAUUAGCCACAUGCUGAACAAUCCAAAGAUUGUGGGAGAAAUAAUCAGGUACAUCCGGAGCCCAGAAGUCAGGCAGGAAAUGGACAGACAUUGUGAUCGGAUCCUGAGUAACACUGAAAGUUUCCCAGGAGGCUAUUACAUCUUGCAAAGCAUGUAUAAGGACAUUGAGGAGCCCUUCUGGAAUGCAGUGCAACAACAGCAUGAAAGUCCUUUUGCCCCACAGGUUAUGAGCCCAUCUUCAAAUCACACCAUUCCACCCCACUGCACCGAGAACAGAAAGCCUCUGCCAGACCCCUGGGUUCCUCGGCACCUGGAUACCAGGCUUCAGGUGACAGACAAGAUCAGCAACCAGAGAAGCACUGCAGAAGAGAGAAACCUCUGUCCAGACAAGGCAUCAGAGGGGGCUCUCCUGGCUUUCAGUUUGGAAAGCAGCAAAACUGAGACCUUUCUCCUACCUGAAAUGUCAAAUGCCAGCCCUGAGAUUCAGACUUCCAUUUCUUUCUUGCAGGAUGGAGAACCACCAGUACCAGAGUCUCCCGCCUCACAGACUCCAGAAGUGGAAUCUCAGGCCCUACAGGAGCCACCUGGCCAGCCUAAAACAAGCCAGAGAGAAGGAAUGGGUUCUCAAGAGCUGAUGGAGAUGGAAGCCAAACAUGAAACAUACAUGGAGACUCCCCUUGGCUCCGAUCCCCACUAG